CUUUACUACAAUUACCACACACACACUAACGGGUCAAAAGGUUUAUUAAGAUAUAAUAAUUAAAAUGUUCAUGUGGACAUGUAGCACAUUUUUAUUGUAAGUGAAUGAUAUUAAGGGAAACAUCAGAUUAAUAAAGAUCACAGAGCGGUUACUUUUCAAAUCCCGUGCGCACGCGCAGCUCGAGUUAAAUUUAAAUCCCACGCGCAUGCGCAGUAGCGGCUUUUCUUCAGCCACACUGCGCUACAUUGUGCUGCCGGAGGAGCGGAGCUGUUUCUCGGUGACGGUCGCUGGACAUCCGCGCAGAGCUCCGUCUCCUCAACACCACGCUCCAUAAAGUGCCUCGUGUUUGUUUCCUUUUGCAUUCCGGUUCAUUUCGGAGCCUUAAAUGGACCCCAGAGUGGCGUGGAUUCAGCCUGAGCAGAAAGGACCAGCCAACGCGCUGUGGAUGCACAUCUGGGAGACAUCACAUGGGUCACGGACCUCUAACACCUCACACAACCCUCUGCUGAUGAAGACCUCCGACACCUCACACGACCCUCUGCUGAUGAAGACCUACAGCUCCAUCAGCCCUCAUCACGUGAUGAAGACCUCCAGCUCUAUCAGCCCUCAGACCCUUCAGGUGAUGAAGACCUCCAGCUCUAUCAGCCCUCAGACCCUUCAGGUGUCGCCCACUUUUAUUCUUCCACCUCAGUUUGAUCACCGCAGUCUGACUGCACUGAAUGGCACUUGUACAGGAUCAGGGAAGACAAGUUCCUCACCUAAAAAUGGCUCCUUAUCUCCGUCGUCCUGUUCUCUGGACUCCGAGACGGACAGUCCCAAAUCAGACUCUUGUGACAGCACAAACACCCACCAUCUUCAUCCUAGAGUCUUUUUCAGCUUCAAUGAACAGCACAACAUCAAUGACUAUUUACAUCAGCACCAACAGCAGCAUUUGCAUCUCCAAGCACAUCUUAACCAACACCAUCACCGCCAUCCAUCCCAGAACUUCCCUCAAGUACCUGACCACAACCACCACCACCACCACCAUCCAGCCAGGAAGAAGGGUGAGAACAAGACCAGCACGUGUGGGGUCAAUUACCUGCUCACCAACUCCAACGGUAACCUCUUCUGCCCUGGGACGCCAUGGAAGACCAGGAGAUAUAGUCCAGGAGUGAACGGCCUUCAUGAAGAGAUCGUGGACUUCUAUGCCUUCAUGUCCCCCCGGCCUGAGGAAGAGGCCAUGAGGAGAGACUUUUCCUGUUAGUGGUUGAAUUUUGAAAAUGUUUAACCCUUAAAUCAUGUGUUUAGAGUGCGAGGCACAGCUUAUGAUGACAAUCACACAGACAGCAGCAUGUUUGUCAUUACUUUGUAUAAAACUGCUAACGUUACUGCUAACGCUAACUCCGGGUACGUUCACACGUCCCAAAGACAACGAGACCAGAGAGUUCAUUAUAAACGAGACCGUCGGUGACGAGAUGCGUUCAUGUCGUGUGACGUGACAAAGCUGAGAAACGUUGAGCAACUCUGUGUACUGACUCCUUCCUGAAGGUUUCAUUCUGUGGUAAGAAAACUGAUUUGUUGUCAAGAGCGAGAACACAUUCAGGAGUCUUCAUCACUGUACGUGUGAAUACGGGAACGUGAGUGUUAGUUAGUGGACGUUGCUUUCCAUCCAUCAGACGUACGUAGAAAGUUAGUGUGGUGUUUCUGCUGCUUCUGCACGUGUAUGUAAGGGGCUUUUUACCCCUGGGCACUUCCUGCGUGUUCUGUGAUCCGAUAUCUACCCCAUGGUAAAAAGACCAGGUCUAAAUGCCCUCUGAAACGUUUUGGA